AUAUGGCUUGUCACCUUGGAUACCAAUGUUUUACCCCAGGGAUUGGUCACUCCUGCUGCUGUCAGCACUGUAAACACUGCUGGGGGGAGUCGGCCCAAGUCCCCACCCCCAGCCAGGUCUCAGAGGGGAUCGUCCUUCAGGCUCGGAGGGGCCUGCCUGUCACUGCACCCCCAACCCUAGCUCAGGGGCUGUAGAACUCGAGACACCAUCCUGUUUCUCCUGGCUGAGGAAAGGAAAGGAACGUCCACACCUUCUGUACUCGUCCAUUCUGUGUCCCCGGGGCCUGGAGUAAAGACACCUUCAAAUGCAGAGGCUCUUCAGACUCAGCUUUCCUGGAAACUGAUCUUCAAUGCACUAAGAGAAGGAGACUCUCAAACCAAAAAUGACCUGGAGGCACCAUGUCAGGUUUCUGUUUACGGUCAGUUUGGCAUUACAGAUCAUCAAUUUGGGAAACAGCUAUCAAAGAGAGAAACAUAACGGCGGUAGAGAGGAAGUCACCAAGGUUGCCACUCAGAAGCACCAACAGUCACUGCUCAACUGGACCUCCAGUCAUUCCGGGGAGGUGACUGGGAGCGCCCAGGGCUGGGGGCCGGAGGAGCCGCUCCCCUACUCCCGGGCUUUCGGAGAGGACCCGAAAGACUUCCUGGCCUCCCACGCUCCAGUGCGCGGCGCCGGGGGCGCGCCCAGCCUGCUGCUCCUGCUGCCCUGCGCGCUCCUGCACCGCCUCCUGCGCCCGGACGCGCCCGCGCACCCUCGCUCCCUCGUGCCUUCCGUCCCGCAGCGGGAGCGGCGCCCCCUGCGGAAGGCCGGGACCUGGGCAUCGCCUUUCAUUUUCACUGUUGUAAAUAAUAGGUGUGUUUAGUUUACCGUAAGCUGAAGCGCUGGGUGGAUAUUUUUACGGGGUAAUAAACAUUUUCAUGAAAGCGCCUUUGGCUCCAGAUCCUUGGAUCUGGGAUCCAGAUCCAGAUCCGUGUGUCCCCAGCCCGGCUGGGACCUGUAGGUAGAGACAGCAGGACAACAGCGAUAAGGAGCCAAAGCUGGAGCCAGAAAGCCUGGCACCGCCUCCUUCCCCCGACAGUUAGCACCUUCCUUUCACAACAUCUCCCUUAAGGGGGGCGCGUCUGCUGCGGAACCCACCGCAAGGCGAGGCAGGCAGAGUUCAGCCUACAGAGCCCCAGGCAGCCUCCCCCGUCUCCCCAGCGCCGCUUCUCAGGCCGCUUCCACAGCCCGUCCAGGGCGACGGGCGCCGCGAGCUGAGCACGCCCGGCCGGGCCGCACCACACAGGCUUGGCCAUGCGGAAUGAGCGAGCACCUCAGGUAAAGGACACUUGAAUUGAGCGCUUCAGCUUUUAAAAUGCACGGUAGUUCAUGAGCCUGCGUGACACAAUUACUUUUACGCUUUAUAUUGUCAAUGAGUUUACUGGCAUUUUCAAUCUUUUCAACUAGUGGCUAUGAACAUACGAAUUUAACGUAACAUUCAAAUGAGUAUUAAAUAAAAAUAGAGUAGAACUUCAUUA